UUCCUGUCCUCAUUCCGAACAUUCUUAGCAUCGCUCGCGCCGCGCCUCGCCGCCCGAGCCGAGCCGAGCCUCUGCAGCCGCCGCCGCGGCCCCGCCGCCCGCCGCGGGCGCCCACCAAGCACUUUGCAGACUCGCUUCCACCUUGUGGGUCAGUCUGCGCGGCGGGGCCCGGGCCCGGGGCGGCCGCGUCCGGGGACAGGCCAUGCAGUGAAGCCCCCCCACCCUGUCCACCUUUGCCCGGAGCCGCGGGCAGCAGCCCAGUGCGCCCAGCCGUCCCCCGGGCAGGAGCGGUGCUAAGUAGGGGUGGGGUAGCCCAGCUUGGGGACCAGGAGUCAGGGAGGGAGCCGGGCACCCAGCUGAGGGCGGGGGAAGCGGCGCCGAAGUUUGCCUUGGACUCACCGGGCGCUGCGGCGGCUCCAUUCGCUAGGUUUAUUUUCUUGAAAAGGCUCCAGGCCUCGGCUUGGAAAAUCCAACCGCCAAAAUUGAGCCCAGCAGCUGGAGCGGCAGCGAGAGCCCUGCCGAAAACAUGGAAAGGAUGAGUGACUCUGCAGAUAAGCCCAUUGACAAUGAUGCUGAAGGGGUCUGGAGUCCUGACAUUGAGCAGAGCUUUCAGGAAGCCUUGGCUAUCUAUCCACCCUGUGGAAGGAGGAAAAUCAUCUUAUCAGACGAAGGCAAGAUGUAUGGUAGGAAUGAAUUGAUAGCCAGAUACAUCAAACUCAGGACAGGGAAGACGAGGACCAGAAAACAGGUGUCUAGUCAUAUACAGGUCUUAGCAAGAAAGAAAGUUCGAGAAAUUCAAGCCGCCAUUAAGGUGUCUAGUCACAUUCAGGUUCUUGCCAGAAGGAAAUCUCGUGAUUUUCAUUCCAAGCUAAAGGUGACAAGCAUGGAUCAGACUGCAAAGGAUAAGGCCCUUCAGCACAUGGCCGCCAUGUCGUCAGCCCAGAUCGUCUCGGCCACUGCCAUUCACAACAAGCUGGGGCUGCCUGGGAUUCCACGCCCCACCUUCCCAGGGGCACCGGGGUUCUGGCCGGGAAUGAUACAAACAGGGCAGCCAGGAUCCUCACAAGACGUCAAGCCUUUUGUUCAGCAGGCGUACCCCAUCCAGCCAGCGGUCACAGCCCCCAUUCCAGGAUUUGAGCCUGCGUCAGCCCCAGCUCCCUCAGUCCCUGCCUGGCAGGGUCGCUCCAUUGGCACAACCAAACUUCGCCUGGUGGAAUUCUCCGCUUUCCUCGAACAGCAGCGAGACCCAGACUCGUACAACAAACACCUCUUCGUGCACAUUGGGCAUGCCAACCAUUCUUACAGUGACCCAUUGCUCGAAUCAGUGGACAUUCGUCAGAUUUAUGACAAAUUUCCUGAAAAGAAAGGUGGCUUAAAGGAACUGUUUGGAAAGGGCCCUCAAAAUGCCUUCUUCCUCGUAAAAUUCUGGGCCGAUUUAAACUGCAAUAUUCAAGACGAUGCCGGGGCUUUUUAUGGUGUAACCAGUCAGUAUGAGAGUUCUGAAAAUAUGACAGUCACCUGUUCCACCAAAGUUUGCUCCUUUGGGAAGCAAGUAGUAGAAAAAGUAGAGACGGAGUAUGCAAGGUUUGAGAAUGGCCGAUUUGUAUACCGAAUAAACCGCUCCCCGAUGUGUGAAUAUAUGAUCAACUUCAUCCACAAGCUCAAACACUUACCAGAGAAAUAUAUGAUGAAUAGCGUUUUGGAAAACUUCACAAUUUUAUUGGUGGUAACAAACAGGGAUACACAAGAAACUCUCCUCUGCAUGGCCUGUGUAUUUGAAGUUUCAAAUAGUGAACAUGGAGCACAACAUCAUAUCUACAGGCUUGUAAAGGACUGAACAUGGUUAUUUAUAUAUAUAGAUACCUGUAUAUACACACACACCUAUGCGCGCACACACACACACUCUCCACUAUCAAACGACUGACUGUAAACCUCACCAUGCAGGGGUGGUGCCUGGCCCUGAGGUCACCUGACUUUUCUAAAUCCUGUUUGAGUGAAGUCAUUUUUUCAUGUGUUCAUACGAUCAUCAUAGCUGUGAAGUUCUGGUACAGUUGUAAAAAGAGAAAUCGAGUUGUUGCUAUGUGUUCCUCAGAUCUGCAGCCCACAAUUCCUUGGGAAAGGUGAACCUUAACCCAUGUCUCUGUCUACAGAGACCUGUUCCUAAUUGUGGUAGAAAAUACUCAGACAGAGCAUUUGCCAUGGGACAUUUACAGCCUUUAUACAAAUGUAUUUAGUUCUUUUUUUUCCAACAUAAAAUUCUUGUUUUAAGAUACAAGUAAAAUUAAUCUUUAAAUAUAAAUGUAAAUUAGUACACAAAACUAAGAAUCUUUAGACUUAUCUUUGUAACUAAUUAGGGUGGAAGUUAUGAAAGAAUGUAAUUCACUAAAUUAUUUUUUAAAUGAAACUUUUCUUUCUUUUUGAAACCAAAUGUUAAAAUAUAGCCUUAAGAAAUGCUUGGUAGAAGUAUCCUAAUGAGACAAAUUUGUACUUUUUUCACAAGGUUAAAACUAAUCUCCUAAUCCAUUAAACUCUUGAACAGGUAUUACAAAGGAAGAAAACUUCACCCCUUAUCCUUAACAUAUAUAGUAUAUUUAAAAAUAUAAAAGUGUAUUGUACUAAUGUGAUAAUUGAUUAUUUAAUGAAAAAGAAAAGAUGGCUCUUUUUGCAAUAAGUAGAUAAAUACUGAAAAUCUAAACUUACAAUGUUUAUAGUCUUGUGUGUGCAGUUAUAUUUUAUAUGGACAACCAAAUUUUUUUAUUAAGAUGAGUAAAUAUUUGAACCACUGAAAUUUAAUAACAAAAAAUUAAAAUUGGCAUGAAUACUGCACUGUGAGCUGCAAAAUAUAGAAAACCCUGUGGCUGGGAGAAAAUUUCGUCAACCAGACAAGUAAAAGGCUCAUCAGUCUUAGCAUCUCUGCUCCCCAGAAACUGGCAAGCAUCCUCACCAGCCUGUGGAUAAAGUGUUUAUUUCUGGUGAUCCAAUAUGCAUGUUAAUUAACCUGCUAUAACUAUGUAUGUAUGUGUUUGUGUAUACAUAUACACAUAUACAUAUAUGGUUAUUGAACAUAUUUAUUGAACAGCUAGUUAGUGUCACUAAGUUUGCUAGGUGCUGAUUAUCUCUGUAUACUUCAAUCUGUUUCUAUUUUCUUGUCAUCUCUCAAUAAGUCACAGUACUUAUUUGACUGAGGUUUAAGAGACCCAGCUAUCUAUCUCUGACCUUUCAAACAGGCUCAUUUGGGAGGCUCUCUUCCCAAGAAAGAUUGAACUUUCCAACCCAAAUGUUCCAAAGCCUGGCCCGGGCAGAUUUUGUUUCAUGGAGCCACGUAACAUGUCUUAGGUUCCUUCCAUAGCACUUCAUCGGGAAAUACUCACGAGGACACACCUCCAACUUCCCAGAAGAAAGUGACAUUUUUAUAAUUACUGGAAACAUGUUAACACAAUAGAAUGUGAAAUAAGUUGUGUAAAAUGUGACAUAUCAAAAUCUUUUCAUCAAGCCAGAAAAUAAAAACUUCGUUCUCGCACACCCAGGUAACAUCUAUCCCCGCUUUCUUGUCUCACUGUCUGCUCUGACCUCGCCUGGCUAUUGGUUCGUGUCUGGUGGUCAUGAGCAUGAGGGUGUGAUGGGCUCGUGGCAAGCAGAACACUGGACCAAGCCUGGCCUCUUCCAGCCUCGUACCGCUGGUCACGGGAAGACCAGAGAAGAAAGUACAAUACUUUCUCCAUUUGGAGUGUAUAUCCCUUAAGUAAAUCAGUAGGAAGGUUGUCCAUCUUCCUUCUGUCAGGAGACUACCUUCUGUUCCCUGGUACCAGGUGAGCCCUUGAAGGAUUGCCCCAGCUGUCUGCUCUUCCAUAGGGUCUUCAGCCCAAGCAUUUAAGCUUCUUGUGUUGGUCACCCCUCUUAGAGAUGUUGCUUUUGCUCCUAUCUCUUGCAUCUUUCCUCAAGGGACUGUGCCCCCCCCCCCUCCAGGAGCAGCACCCUAGAACUGGAGGCGUGCAAAUGAUUUAUGUGGCUCAAAGCCAAAGCUACUCCAUAACUCCAGGGGGAGAGGUAUCUGGUUCACGCUCCCACCCAGGAAUGGGUCUCUUCUGUGCUGCCAGAAGAGCUCUUGGGAUUUACUUUUCAAAGCACAAACAGACUGAGACCCAAGAAGGCCCGGUGGAGGGUGAGGGUCGUUCUGUUGGUUGCAGAGAAGGGUCUGGCCUGGUCUGCUGACUCCCAGAGUCGGGCCGGGCCCUAACGCUGCCAGCGCCCUCUUCUGGACCCUUUUGUAGUUGUCUGGGGGGGUUUACGUGAACUACCCUGAGGAUUACUUUUUGCUCUUAAAUCUUUUUGCUUACUUCUUUUGCUCUAAGACCUUUUAAAGUUACUUCUUGUCUUAUUCUUUCAAGUUUCCUCCAAAACAGGUAUUUUCCCUGUUGUAUCCACUGGUCCAGUAACCCAAACUCUUGGUCCUCUCUCCAUCUCUCCUGAAUUAGACCCAGCGUGGCAUUUGUUUAACAUCUAACCCAUGUCUUUCUGUGGUGUUGCAUCCUUUAUGGCAGAGUCUUCUCCCUUUGUCUGUGAAGCUUCGUAAGUUAAAGAAGACACCCCGAAGCUCUGCCCUCACCGCUCUCCCCCAGGUGCCGUAUCCCCUGGUAACUCGCCACCACCAGGGUGGAUUCAGGGACAUCGUGUGCUUUUGCUGGAGAGUCUGGAGGCCAACUUUUCACUCCCCACACAGGGAGUAGCUGAAAAACUGGGUUCUGGUCUGUUGGCAUUCUUUUUCCACCUUAGCAAGAGACCUGCAAUAAAGUCAGGUCUUCUUCCAGAACACGUCCCAGAAUUCCAGAAAGCCCAAAGUGCCCACGGCCGAUGUCGGCCUCGGCACCGUUGACACUUCGGCCCCAGGUGAUUCUUCGUGGCGGGGGCUGUCCUGUGCGUUGCAGGAGGUCUGGCAGCAUCCUUGGCCUCUGCCCACUGGACACCAGCAGCACUCUUCCUUCCGUUGUCGCAACCCCAAGUGUCUUCAGACAUCACCAAAGGCGCCGGGGCACAAGAUCUGCCCUAGUUGAGAACCACUGCCCUAGAUCACGCAGGUCACAAAUACUGUAUCUGAGAGUUUCUUUUUCCUUCCAUUUCACCCGCAGACAGCAUCUCUCCUUGUGUCAGUCAUCAAGUGACAUUACACAAGUGACGCUGUGUCCAUAUUUCUUCCUGUUUCAGAACUUCUCUUUCAUGAUAGAGUCUCUCUUGCCACAAGUAUCCUUUCAUUCAUGCCUGGAGAAGUCGGGAACAGCUGGUCACCACCAUCCCUAUGAUCAGCUCACUCCUAUUUAAAGAGCAUUUUUAAUUUCAUCUUCAAUCCUUAGUUCACUGGGUUAAAAAAAAAAUACAUGCACAGUUAUUUCCAAUAUCUGUCAUAAGCUCAUGGGUCUCAUUAUCAAACCUUUAAUCAUUUCAGUAAAUUUCCUCUGGUCUUCUACUUUUCUGCCUUACACUCAGUGCUGUUUAUAUUUAUGGGAAGCCUCUGGAACAUGUCUUUUCAUCUUUAGGGAGGGAGGAGAGAGGGAUCAGUUCCAGAAGAGGGCUAAUAGAAUUUUUUUCUUUAUUGACCUAAAAGAGAGCACAGUCUACUCUCCUUCAUUUUGUAGGUGAUAAAAUUGAGGCUCAGAGGGGAGAUGACUUGCCCAAAGUCACCCAGCUUGGCUAGUGACGGAAUGAGGGUGAGUCUCUAGCACUCCUGCCACUUAACCUUUGGCCUCUCCCAGUGGAGGUUGUUCCCCUUCGGUGCUCAUGCCAAAACGACCCUACAGACGUGUGGACGGUGUCAGCUCACGAGAAAGGGAGAUGGAGAGCCGGCCAGCCUUGUCUGGCCCGAGCUGUUGGGAGCGCCCACAAGCAGAUGUGAAAACUGAUGAGCCUUUUCGCUCCCCCUGAGGACAGUUCACCUGCCACAGGCUCUGAGUCCAAGUUCUAAUAGGUAGGUGUCCCGGCAGCAAAGUCCCACACUCAGACCAGCCAAAAAACAGGCCCCGUUCCAAGAACUUGGUGUUACAAAUCCCCAGAUAGCUUUUAAACCCAAGUCUCUAGGUUUCAGUACUGUAGUGGCUUUAGCAGUUUGUUUGUUGUGUUGUUUUUUUUUUCUUUUUUUUGUAUAACAGUAAAUUAUUUAAAUCAUGAGACUACAGUCAAUUUUACAAACCAGGUACAUAUAAUUUGUAUGAUUUUGUAUAUGCUCUGGUACACUACACCUGUCCUAACGAAGGGUAAAACGAAUUUUGUUCGUUGGCGUUCACACCUGUGACAUUAAGGGGAUACGUCUGCAUUGCUCGUUUCUUUAUGUUGCUGUUUCUGUGGCAAAGCCCUGCACAUGUCAUUUCUGAAAAGCCUUAAAUCUUUGAAAUGUUGCGUGUAGGGUAUGCAGUGCAAAAGGCUGCCUCGGAACUGUGAGCCCUUUUGUAAGCUGGAAGCAUUUCUCUUACUACUGUUACUUUUUUAGGAAGUUUUAAACUUAGAGCUGCCAAAGCGUUCCAGUAAGCAGUGCCUUAGUGAUACCUUAGUCGUGCCGCCAGCCUUUUCUUACACCUGUUCUCAAUGCCCAUUUACUAAUUGGCCCGAUAUUUAACACGGAACAAGCAAAAAUUGUUUUCAUUUUGUUUAGGAAGCCCACUUUUCUCCAGUUCUACAAGAAACUGACUGCCUGGUCUAAAAUCUGAAACCAAACGUAUAUCAGUUCUUUGGCCAGACUCUCAAAUGUAUAUACCAAACAGAAGGUUUUGCAACUUCAUAGUUCACUAUGAAAAAGCAAAUUGUACUUUUCAUGUUGCCUUUUAAAUUCACGACCAAAUACUUAGCUAUUUGUGAAUCUUCUGCACUCUAGCAUGAAAGUGCCUUUGGUUUGAGAUUCCAGCUUAGAAAAGUGCUGCCAUAAUAAUGAUAAUUUGUAGAGAGACCAAAAAUAUUUUGAGAUCACCGCAAUGCCUUUGGUUUACCGGGAUGAGUAACCAGCCACAGGCCUCGGUUUGCGAGCGCCCGACAUGGACCCCGCCUGCGGUGAGUCUGUCCGCUGUGGGGGGGUCCCCGCCACCACUCGCCAGGAGCACACCGCCGCCGCUGGAGGGACCCGAGGAACUGUUGUGCUUGUGUGUGCCGAUGACCCAGCGUGUCAUCUCCGCUUGCCACCCGGCCCUGCACGCACACGGACAGCAGACUCUUGGCCAGUGGACAGAUCGGCCCUCCUCCUGGUGUCCGAGUUCAGUCUCUGUGGAGGCUUUCUUUCCCAGUCAGGUGACCGUGCGCACUUACCUGGUUCACACAGUGACACCAUGUUGAAAGUUGGAAGCCUCAAACUGAGAUGACAGUGCAGAACAAAAAUGAGUUAGGGUCAUGACAAUUGAAGUGUUCUUCUUAGGGCGAAAAUGGGGACUCUGAGUGUCUUGUAUGACUGUGCUAUGAGAAACUUCCAAAGAGCACCAUUCACAAUUCGGCAUUUUCAAAGAAUGUUCCAGCCCUCAAGAGGGCAGUUCUGUAAAGUCCUUGUUGGCUUUUAUCAAAACCUUGUAUAAAUUGGGAACGUGGAUAGAGGUAAGGAAGAGAAGUGAGAAGGACAAGAAGGCAAAAACACCAGCCAAACAAGCCAAGGAAAAGAGAUUUUUCUUUACCAGUAUAGACUUAAAAAUGACAUCAGACACCUUUCAAAGUUAGCCUCUGAACUCUCUGACGCGUAUGUUCCGUCUGUCUCCUACCUGGUGUCUUUACAAAUAUCCUCUCUGGGCUCUGAAAUUUCAGGAGCGCUUUCUGUCUACACCAAGUUGUGACUAUUUAUGGGAAUUUCUACAGGAAAAAAAAAAUCAAAUAAAAAGGAAAAUUACUUCAUGCAAGUUAUAGUUAGCUGCUUGAAUUCAGCCCCUCCCUUCAGUGUACUUUACCACAACUUGGAAGAAAUUCAUCAAAUACUUGUUUCUUUUUCUCUUUUCAGCUGUUACUGUGCUUUGUUUGGCAAUAGUUUCCUUUCAGAAACUCAUUGCUUAGACUGUUAAGAAUGAAGGUUUUGUGUUUGAAAUGUAUUGUAUCGCAAAGGAUAGUUUCACCGAAGUCGUGCACCAUUCAAUAAGAGGAAAUAUUUGUAUUUAUUGUCCCGCUUCUUUAGCCGUAACUUGUUUUAUUCUCUGAAUUUGCAUUGAGUCAGUCAUAUGCCACACUACACUUUAGUAUUUGAAAUGGCAUUUAUGUUCCCCACUUGCUCAUCAUUUAGUGGGGUCAGAUUCCAGCAGACUACCUGUCAGGUGGACUGUCUUUUGCCUGGCUUCCGUCAUGAGAUUGUUUCUCCUUCCCCCUUUCUUUAAGAGAAGCUGACAGAAUCUAGGCGUAAAUCAAUUGGAAACGAGUCUCUGAUUCUCUUUCCUUUUUUCACAUCAGUCAUUUUAUGUGAUUAGUUUCACUGUGUAAAUUAGAUAUUAACUGCACUUCUUUAAAAAAAAAAUCUCCCUGUUACCUCCUUGAUUCACUUCUAUAGGCCUUUUUUCAAUAGGCUUAUGACUGCAGAUAAAGGAAAAAAAAAGUAAAAACAAAAACAGUACGUGCCUGAAAAACGACAAAAAAAAUUUUGUAACAUUGAAAAAAAAACCUGAAUAGCCUUUAAUUCUUUAAUAUGCUUAAACGUUACGUAAAUUGGUUUUUUGCCACGUGUGUUUGUUCACAUUCUAAAUGACUUAAUGGGAUUCUCACAGUCUGUGUCUCCAUGUCACGUGUAUAAAAUGGGCUUGUGACGUGAGCGUUUCAUCUGGUCAGUGGUCCCUUUGAUGUUGUACUGCUGCCGGGAGUGGGCUGUGGAGCCUGCCUCCGGGCCAUACGGCUUCUUGGGUAGGUUGGAGAGAUUGGGGGUGGGGGGGGCAGAUUCUCACACACAUUUUUCUUAACCUGUUUGCAGAAACUCAAAAGGCAUUUGGUUAAACCUCUUGGCAGUACAGUAUUCUUGUAUUUGUUAACGUCUGUGUUUAGGUACUGGUACCUUUUUGUUUAAAAAUGUUCUAAGUGUUGGCUUUAAAGUGAAUUUAUCUUUAGUAUGAUAGUUAUAUGAAAAUUAUAGGGUUUGUGUGCAGAGAAUUUUUUUAUAAAGUGCUUUGUAAAAAAAAAAAAAUGUAUUCUAGCUUUCGCGGUACAUAUGUGUGAUAACUUUAAUAUCCAUGACAGUUAAGUGCAAUUAUUUCAUCACUCUAAAAAUGCUAUUUUUGUGUCAGUUCCUGCAGGUGUUUUCAUGUCUUUGCAAAGUGACACAUUUUGAUGCCUUCUUGAUAAAGUGGUAGACAUUUUGUAGCUUUCUAGAAACUUUGUAUUCAUACGGUAUCAAUGAAAAAUAAAGAAAAUGAAAGUGUGGGUCACCUUUUUUAUCU